GCGGCUAACGUCGUAUGCCCGCAACACUAGACGGUAGUCUAGAAAGCAUGUUAUAAGUUAAACUUGUUGAUUUUUUUGUAACAAAUUCAACUAAAAUACGAUUUUAUCUCCCAUUUUAUAUAAAGCAUUAUUAUUUCAGCACCUCUAUUACUAUAAAAAAAAAAAAAAAUGAAACGAAUUUAUCGUCGUAUGCUUUACUUUGUUGUUGUUGUUGUAUUAAUACUAGUUGUAUGGCAUCAAGGAUCUUUUAAAAAUGAUAAGUACAAGAAGUAUUAUCCGAAUAUCAAUUUUUCCUCUAUCAUAACUCCUCACGAACUAUUUGAAACUUCAAUUGUUGAAAGUAAAAGAGAAUCAAAAGUUAUACUUCUUUUUACAACACAUUUUUACAGUAAAGUUUGGAAAGGUCUUGAUGUGCUGAACGGAUACACACAACGUCAAAAGUGCAAAGUUAAAGAAUGUGUUAUUACCUAUGAUAAAAAUGCUAUUAAAAAGGCUGAUUUAGUUGUUUUUCAUGGAGUUGAUUUUACAUAUAAAAACUUUACAUCGAAACAUUUUCAAGCAAUUUCAAAGUUGAGGCCAGUUAACCAAAGAUGGGUAUUUUGGAUGCAUGAGACACCAUUAUACUAUCCUCUUCUAGACGAUUAUGAUAACUUGUUUAAUUGGACAAUGACAUUCAGUCAACACUCAGAUAUAUAUCACCCUUAUUUUUCAUAUGCAAGAUUAACAAAUGCUGAUCGUGAAAACAUGCCUGAAAAUGAUUUUAACUAUGCAAGUUAUAAACAAAAAAAAGUCGUUUGGAUGGUUAGUCAUUGUGGAAUGACACGUGCUAAUUAUGUUGCAGAACUGCAAAAAUACACUGAUAUUACUGUGUAUGGUUUAUGUGGUGCAGAUUUUGAUAAAAUGGGUGGAAUAUGUUCUUAUAAUGAAAAAGAAUGCGAGCUAGAAUUACGCCAAUAUAAAUUUUAUUUGUCAUUUGAAAAUAGUUUUUGUGAAGAUUAUGUGACAGAAAAAUAUUUUAAAUAUGGUUUGCAAUAUGGUUUAUUGCCAAUUGUAAUGGGUGCAAAGUACGAUGACAUGAAUUCUAUUUCGGGCUCAUAUAUUGAUGUAUCAAAAUUUUCUUCAAUAAAAGAGCUUGGUGAUUAUAUUAAUUACUUAGAUUCUGAUGACUCAGCAUAUAAUAAAUAUUUUGAAUGGAAAAAACAUUUUAAAGUUACUGAUGGAAUAGAUAAGAUAUGCAUGCUUUGUCAUGCUCUUCAUAGAAAAGAUCAGCAUGAAAAAACAUACAAACAGUUUCACUCAUUUUGGAGUGUUCAAAAUUUAUGUAAUCCCUUCGAAAAGGUGAGAAAUAGUCUGGAACAACAAAUUGCUUUAUCUAAACUUGAGAAUAAAAAAAUAACAAAAUCGAAAAAUAUUGACAAAAAUUAAUUUAUAAAAUUCUAAGCUGAAUACACAUAUCUGUAUAUUUAUGUUUCUCUAUAACAUUUUUAUGUCAUUUUUUUUUUAGCGUUUUUUUAUUUAAAAAAUAUUUGUUAUAUAGCACUA